GCCCCCUCCCCUCCCCCCGGCCCCAUCUGUUUCCCCGGCGGUGCGAUGGUUACAUUGUAUGGAGAGGGCAGCAGCGGCGGCGGCGCGAGGAGGAGGAGGAGGAUGGGUCCGCGCGGCGGCCGCCAGCAGCAGCUCCCCCCCGUGCAGCAGGGGCAGCAGCGCCACCGCCGGCCCUAGAGACCCCCGAGCCGAGGCGCCAGCCCGGAGCCCCAUGCGCAGGCGAGGGGGCAGCGCGGGGCCGCCGCUGGUGCUGGGCUGCUGCUGCUGAGCGGAGCGCGGAGACGGAGCGGGAGAUGUGCCCGGAGGAGGACGGAGGCUGCGGCGUGGUGGGGACCGGGGGGCCGGAGGGGCUGGGCGAGCUCCGCUCCUGGUGGGAAGUCCCGGCCAUCGCUCACUUCUGCUCCCUCUUCCGCACCGCUUUCCGUCUGCCCGACUUCGAGAUAGAGGAACUGGAAGCUGCUCUUCACAGGGAUGAUGUGGAGUUUAUCAGUGACCUGAUUGCCUGCCUCCUUCAGGGUUGCUAUCAGCGCAGAGAUAUCACGUCACAGACGUUUCACAGCUACCUUGAGGACAUUAUCAACUACCGCUGGGAGCUGGAGGAAGGGAAACCCAACCCCCUACGGGAAUCCACUUUCCAGGAGCUGCCGCUGCGCACCCGCGUGGAGAUCCUGCACCGUCUCUGCGAUUACCGGCUUGAUGCAGAUGACGUCUUCGACCUCCUCAAGGGUUUGGAUGCAGACAGCCUCCGUGUAGAACCACUGGGUGAGGAUAGUAAUGGCGCCCUCUAUUGGUAUUUCUAUGGCACUCGUAUGUACAAAGAAGAGCCAGUCCAGGGGAAAUCAAAUGGAGAGCUGGCUUCAGACAGGGGAAGUGGGGGCCAGACAAACACCUCAAAUGUUCCUGGGAAAACAGGCAAGAGACGAGGGCGACCCCCAAAACGGAAGAAACUGCUGGAGGAGAAUCUGUUGCGGGAGAAGGCUGAAGAGAACUCGCUUGUGCAUGAGACGCAGAUGAAAAAUGGGUCCCAGGGACCAGGCCGUGGGACGUGGUGGCUGCUGUGUCAGACGGAAGAGGAGUGGAGACAAGUCACAGAGAGCUUCAGAGAGAGAACCUCCCUAAGAGAACGGCAGCUCUACAAACUCCUGAGUGAAGACUUCCUGCCUGAGAUUUGCAACAUGAUUGCCCAGAAGGAGAAGCGUCUGCAGCACACGGAGUUUUCGCCCAGGUGGAUGUCUGACCGUCAGCCCAUUAAACCAAUCCAGCAGGAGGCGACUCCAAGUGUGCUCAGCAGGAUGGAGAAGCAAAGGCGCAGGGAGGAAGAGGAGGAGCGCCAAAUCCUUCUGGCAGUGCAGAAGAAGGAGCAGGAACAGCUGCUAAAGGAGGAGAGGAAGAGGGAGAUGGAGGAGAAGGUCAAAGCAGUGGAAGAACGAGCCAGGAGGAGGAAGCUCCGGGAAGAACGGGCUUGGCUUCUGGCCCAGGGGAAGGAGCUUCCCCCAGAACUUUCCCACUUGGAUCCCAGUUCUCCUGCCAGGGAGGAAAGGAAGACCAAGGAUCUCUUUGAACUGGAUGAUGAGUUCACCGCCAUGUACAAAGUUCUAGAUGUGGUAAAGGCUCACAAGGACUCUUGGCCCUUCUUGGAACCAGUUGAUGAAUCAUAUGCUCCAAACUACUACCAGAUCAUUAAGGCUCCCAUGGACAUUUCUAGCAUGGAGAAGAAGCUGAAUGGAGGUCAGUACUGCACCAAGGAGGAGUUUGUGGGUGACAUGAAGACCAUGUUCAGGAACUGCCUAAAAUACAAUGGUGAAGGCAGCGAAUACACCAAGAUGGCAUACAACUUGGAGAGAUGCUUCCACCGGGCAAUGAUGAAGCACUUCCCUGGGGAAGAUGGGGACACGGAUGAGGAGUUCUGGAUCAGAGUGGAUGGGAAACGGGAGAAGAGGAGCCGUCGGACCGGGCGCUCCAGCACUGGCAAUGUUUGGACCCGAUCUAGAGACCCUGAGGGAUCAGGCAGGAGACAGCAACACCUGGAGAAUGGAGGGAAACCACCACCAUUCCGGGCUACUCCCCGGGCUCCUGUUUCCUCCUCAUCUUCCUCCUCUGCGGAGGAACCAAGUGGCAGCACAAUGCAACCCCCUCGGGAGGUGGGCACUUCCAACGGCCAAGGCUUCCCUCGCCCACUGCAUUAUGGUGGAAUGCCCAGCCAGGUGCCACACCCUGGCCAGAUGCGGCCAGCAGUGCCAGGAACAUUUGGCCCUCUGCGGGGAUCAGAUCCAGCUAAACUGUACGGAUCACCGCGAGUACCAGAACCCCACCCUGGAGAUCCAGUUCAGCAGCACCAGCACUUUGCCAUGCAGUCUACCGUCGGACUGAAUGAACACAGAGGACACAGACUGGCUGCACCAGAGAAGCAGGUGUGUGCAGGGCCAACACAUGUCUCUGCACUGGGGCCACGGCCUGGAUCCCUGCAGUUUGGGCGGAUGAGUGGCCCUCCCCCAGAUGCCAGUAUGUACCCCCCAGUGCAGUUCCAGCAAGGAUUUAUUCCUCCAAGGCACAAUGGACCUCCAAUGAGACCACCUGAGAGCUCAGAGGUCCCCCCAGGCCAUAUGUAUAGACCAUAUAAAUAUCUAAAUCGAGCGCAUCCUGCUGCAUGGAAUGGAAGCCACAGUGCAACAAACCAGACCUCCCUGGGCCCAGACGAGAAGCCCCCGUUGAGCACAGGACCUUCUUUGCAGUCUCGUGCUCUUAGUCACAUGAUGGACCCUCGGGCAAUAAGACCACCUCUUCCUCCCAGCCAGUGGACUGAGCAAUCAAAUUUCCUACCUCAUGGGGUCCCUGCCUCAGGAUACAUCAGACCACCUGGUAAAGCCACCGGUCAGAGAAUGCAGCAGCCUCCAGCCUCUGUGUUUGGGGGACCCCCUCAAGUUCAGAGAGGAUGCCAAGGUGGGGAUUCCAUGAUGGACAGUCCAGAAAUGAUCGCCAUCCAGCAGCUGUCAUCUCGCGUGUGCCCACCGGGUGUGCCUUACCACCCCCGUCAGCCUCCUCCCCCGCAUCUGCCUGGCCCCUUCCCACAGCUGGCCCAUGUCGCAUCAGCAAAUGUGCAGCCUCCGAAACCGGUCUUGGGUAACGGAAACUCUCAGGAUGCCAGUCAGACAGUGGAGCCAGAAAGCAACCGAGUGGAGCCCCCACCUGGAGUAGAAGAGAAGGCUCAGUGCAUCAGUGUUCCAGAAGGGACGUACCCCAAACUGCUACCUCAUUCCAACCCUCCCUUACAGAUGGACUGCACCAGACGGAGCUUGCCACGGGAGCGGGAGGGAGAUGACUCUGGAACUAAAAAUGACCCGAAGGCAAUGCAGAGCAAGAGUGCCUGGCCGGCACAGAGCACCUACGCUGGCCCGUCAGGCCAGGCGUGCGUGAGAGACCUUGUGACAGCACCUGAGAGAGGGCCUGGGCCUGAAAAUGGGGCUGUAGGUGAAGGACCCUCCAGUGGCAAUGAGGGGAAAGGACUGGCUGUUAACAUCUUGGAGAAGCCCCUUUGUCCUGGGGGGAAGACUUUGUCAGAGGUCGCUGUGCCUUGUAUGGGACAGAGCACCAGUACUCCUGGUGUGGAUGGAGGCUCAGUGGGGGGGGCUCCGAGCCAGUUUCCCCCUCUCUACAUGCCUGGUUUGGAGUAUCCAAAUUCGGCCACACGUUACCAUAUCAAUCCAGGACUGCAGGGGUUCAGCCCUAUGAUGGGAGGGAAGCCUCCCUCUGUGUCCCAUCCACAGCAUUUCCCCACUCGGGGCUUUCAGCAUAAUAACAUCCAUCCCGGUGUCUUUCCUCGGUAUCGCCCCCAUCAGGGGGUGCCAUAUCCCUAUCAGCCACAACCUCCACCAUCUUACCACCACUACCAGCGACCUCCAUACUACACUUGUCCACAAGGCUACUCAGACUGGCAAAGGCCUCUCCACCCCCAGGCCAACCCUGGUGGGCAUCCGCCCGCCCACCCACCUCUGGCCAGGCCUUCUUUCUCAGACAGGGGGAAUGUGGGUAGUCUGCAGGGCUGCGAGGCAUUCAGCACUGCCCUGGCGUCCCCAAACCGAAUGGACGUGGCAAGCGCCAAAGAGGUUCCUCCAGGCGAUGGGCAGGAUCCAGGGCCUGAAGAUGAGAAGUCAGACGAAUCCCAGGAGAGGCCAGAGAGUCCCAAAGAGUUUCUUGAUUUGGACAACCAUAAUGCAGCCACCAAGAGGCAGAGCUCGGUGGCAGCAGGGGAGUUCCUAUAUGGGGCUCUCCCCCCGCCUCUGAGUUCUGGGAUCGGAUUUGGUCCAUCAGCUUUCCCUCCCCAUGGGGUGAUGCUGCAGACAGGGUCUCCUUAUGCAUCUCGGCAUCCAGCCAGUCAUUUCCAGCACAGGACAUAUGGAUCACCAGUGAACGCUCACCUGUCUCGUCAUCCAGCCACCAGCCAAGCCAAUGGCCUCACUCAGGAGGGACCCCUGUACCGCUGCCGGGAAGAGAACAUGGGUCACUUUCAGGCCCUACUGAUGGAGCAGAGAGGCAGUGGAGGUGGCAUGGGGGUGGCCCAGGACAUGUACAGACCACCGGGAAUGCAAAUACACCAGACCCAAGCACCCUUCCCAAAGGUGCCCACAGCAACCACAUCCCGGGAGGAGCUGCCACCACAAAAACCAUCAGCAUUGCCUCUGGAUCAAAGCUAGUCCAAGGAAGGAAGAACCCCAAGGAGAUGAAAGCCACACGUGAUUUGGACAUGGGGGAAGGAGGACAUAGGCCUCCUACCUUCCCCCUCUCCCCAGCGGCAUGUAGCUUCCAGGGUCCAGUGGAACACACUGCCUUGAUGGCUCUUGUGUGUGUUUAAACAUGGGAUAGUCCUGGGUCCCUGGCUACCGGCUGUAUGGCUGAUCUCAACAGCACAGAGGAUGUAUCUCAAACUAGUGGCUUGUCAUGACUGGAGAGUGUGUCUCAUUCAGGGUUUGGGUUGGGAGGGGGAGAUCAAAACUGUCAUGAACUGCUAAACUCAGGUAUAUUUUUCAGGGUGGAAGAGGGACAACGAUGGAAUUUACUUGUAGUAUUAACAUGUGUGUUUGGAGCUGGAUCCAGUUUACAGAAUUUACCUGUUGCCUUUUUUAAUAAAUUUCUGUUGUUGGUGAAUGUAUUGUACAUAAUGGGGGAGGGAUGGGACCCAGCUUGUAGUGGACGUAGCACUGGGGUGAUCCUUAACUGUUUACAAUCAUGUCACACACAAAUCUUUCAGGGCAGGGCAGCGGGAGAGAUGGGAACUUUGCAACUUUCUAUUCCUCCCCUUCCUUCCAGUCCUCUAGAGCUAAGACACGACCCUGUAAUUGAUCACGGGGACUGCUCAGGAGCAAAGCAUGGCACUCUCCUCUUCCACGCAGUAGUUGAGUGCACUUCCACCUCCUGCCAUCAUGGGGAACAAGGAAACCAGGACCAGGAACUGAAAGUCUCUCAUAGCAUUGUCCUCUUAGGCAUUUCUGGUAUGAGUCAUCUGGGUACCAGCAAGUGGCUAAUUAUUCAUUUGUACCGUAGUCCUCUUUAGGUGAAGCCAAUGCAGUUUGGAGGAAGAAACAUGGAGUGGUAUCAUGGAGGUGUUGUCUUUAUUGGAACAAGUAACUGUGCUAGCAUAUAAUACCCCUUAGAAAGGAGACAGGAAUAGAGAUAUCCCCGGUUUUCUCUCAGUGUAACUUGACUAUUGUCAUCUUUGGUGAAAGCAAAGCAGAAACAGAGUCCCUCUUAAAUUCUGAGAACUCCCUAUUUCAUGUGAAAUAGGAAAUGGAGCUGCUUUAGGGAGGGUCUGUCUGAUGCAACGCGAACAAGUUGUCAACCUGUGACACCAGCUUUGGACGUUUUGUAAAUUAGUAGAUAAAUGUGAAUCAGAAAUUAUUUCUUCUAGCUAGAGUGGUUAAGGGGCACAGUGGAGGUUGUGGAGUGGGGCAAGAAUGCCUCGGGUUAAUGCACUAGUCUUUCCUGCUAGAACUUACGUUUAAAUCUAGCUUUGAUUACAAAUUAAAUGAGUUUGGUGGGGUCUUAUCCUUGCCCGUUAGAAGCAGGUAUUUGUCCACAUUGUAAAGCCACCAAGCAGGCACAACUGUGAGCCUUGGAGACAGGACUAGGUCUGUGGGGCGAGAAGGGAAGGUGUUGCUACAUUGGUGGCCUGACGGUGUUGGUAUAAGGCAUGCUGCUGGAUAGGACUGCGAUGCAUCAGCAGAGCUGCAUGUAGCAUCCCUGCCCAGCACCUGUGAUUGUCCUGUUACUUCUUUUAUCCACAGCUUUUGUGAGCUUCAGAAACUUGCUGGAUUAAAAACAAAAAUUCUUGAAGCUGUCCGGAUGAGGAAAGAAUAAUGUUUUAGUGUAUGCCACACUUCCUAGUAACUCUGGCUGGUCUGCUGUUGUGAUACUGUUUACCUCUAGUAGUGUUUUGUCGGGUUCCAGGCAUUUUCCUAACUCUGGGCCCACAAACUUAACAGGAGUUUAAGCAUCAGUGUACUCUGCUACCCAGACACACACACUUGCAGUGGUAUUCACACUAGAAUCAAAUAGGCAUUGAGUGGCAAGUGUGUUUCUAAAAUGCAACUCUUCUUACUCCAUGUUGAAGUCAAUCUGUGAAUUGUCUGCCCUCUGCUUACAGCAGUGCCCUGAUUAUUUGGCUUAUGCCCGACCCCAAGCCCUCAUACAACUCAGAGGAAAAUUAGUAUAAAUUAUUUGAAUAUCUAAUUACAUAGAACAUCACGUUAGUAAAGUGUCAGUUUUAAUUAGUCUUUAUUCUGUUCAGCAGACAGGGAGCAGCUAUCCUUGGCAGUGUGGUGUAGGCUAGGACAGGGGUUCUCAACCUUUUUCUUUCAGAGCCCCCCUCCUCCCCAACAUGCUAUAAACACUCCACGGCCUGGGGGGAUGCGGGGGCGGGGGGGAGAGGAGCUCUGGGCUUCAGCCACAGGGCACUGGGGCUCAGGGCUUCUGCCCCACAGGGCACCAUGGCUUGAGGCUUUAAUCCCCAUGGGUGGGGGCCACAUGGCUUUGGGCUUCAGCCCUGCUAUUGGAGGGGCUCAAGGCUUCUGCCACGGGGUGCCAGCGCUCGGGGCUCUGAGCAUUCUGCCCUGGGCCCCAGCCAAUCUAAAGCUGGCCCUGCUUUGUGGACCCCCUGCAAAUGGCUCACAGACCCCCGUUGAGAACCGCUGGGCUAGAACACAGGAAAUGGAGCUGCAGCUGACCGCUGGAAUGAAUGGGAGUUGGGCAAUCUCUUCCCUCUGAGAGAGAGGCUUAGUCCCAUUCACUGAAUGGAAGUACUGAAACAGUGUCAAGUAUUUAUAAAAAGUGAAGUGUGCAUGUGUGGCCACAUUCCCAGAUAAUAAACCUGGCUGGCAGGGAAAGUUUUAAAUACAGCAAUUAUUCCUAUUUAAAAACCUUUGGUUCAUUGUGGAUAUAAAAAAACUAAAACAAAAGAGCACAUUUAACAACCAAGAAACUCUAAAUAUAAUUUUAUGGCCAAACAUCUGAAACUCUGGAAAUUGAAUUCAGAUUCUACAAACAACCCCUACUCCAGUACGACCCGGGCCCUGUAUAGGAUGUAAGGUGGCAGCUAUACCAAAUAUUUAAAGUACUUCCUGUAAACUCCUCUUUGUCUUUGUAGGAUAGGAGGGUUUGUAAAUUGUAGAGAAUGAGAUAAAGCACUUGCAUCUGCAGUUAGUACUAGUAUUGGAAAUGGGGUUUGAGUGGAGAUCUCAGUGUAAAUGGAGGGUCUGAUGUCAGCCCCACAUCAAAAAGGGGCAGAGCUGCAUAUGAUGAGACUAGUGUGGUUUGUGCUCUCUCCUUAGAGAGGGUUGUGGAAUGGUAGAUAAUGCUGAGUGUUUGAACACCAUGUACAGAGUGUGAGAGAUCAAAGUCUCUUGACCUAGUGGAAAUGUGGGAGGGAGGAGGGACAAGGGUGAUCUGUAUCCAAUGAACAAGAGACAGGAUGGAGUAGCUAACUCCAUUCUAGGAAGGUCUGUAGGUGACGGCUCUUAUGUAACGUGGAGUUAGUAUGUUAUUGGAUUAUGGGCUGCUGUAACGGGGCACAUCCGGGCCGUAACCAGGGUGGGGCAGCUGCCCAGGGCGCAAAGCCACGGGGGCAGAAAAAUGGGGCAGAGAAAUGCCAGGGGAAAAAAAGGCAGGGGGCGCAAAUAUGCUUUCUCGCCCCAGGCGCUAAAAUGUCUACUUACAACUCUGGGGCACCUGGCUUAUAUUGGAAAUAUAUAACAGGAAUCAUGAUUGGCUACAGUAACAGGAGAAGGGUGUUCUGGGACAGAAUUGUUUGUGGAAUCUUAACUCUGAAUCUCCAGCUUUUCAAACAGUUUGUUCAUAAAUUGUUAUUUCUAUUACAGUAUUGCCUAGGAAUCCCACUCAAGGAUUCCCCCAGCCCAUGAGGCACUGUACAGCCAAAUCACAAAGAAAACAGCCUUGCCCCUGAGAGCUCACACUCUACAUAAUAGACAGGAUACAACAGGUGGGAAAAAACAGAGUCAGAGUGGACUAGGAGAA